AUGGUACUCUUAAGGCUUAGACUUGGAUUACUAGAAAAAGAUCUUGCUCAUCGUUUUAGGGUUGCUGUUUCCACUGUUUCUGUCAUUGUGCGAAGUUGGUUAAGAUUCAUGAGACAAGAGCUUGAGCCAUUAUGUAUUCAAUGGCCUAGCAAACAACUCAUUCAGUCAGUUAUGCCUUUGCAAUUCCAGCAACUAUGUCCUGAUGUUGUGUCAAUAAUUGACUGCACUGAAAUUACAAUGGAAUCACCCUCCAGCCUGAACAAUAAGGCAGCCUGCUAUUCAAGCUACAAAUCUCACUCCACAAUGAAAGCUUUGGUGGGAAUUACACCAAAUGGUGUUGUGUCAUUUGCCAGUGACCUUUUCUCAGGUUCAAUUAGUGAUCCUGAAAUAAUAAAAAGAUCUGGUUAUCUUGAAAAAUUAAAUUAUGGUGAUGCUGUUAUGGCUGAUAAAGGGUUUUUAAUACAAGAUGAACUAGCAGAAAUUGGUGCAUCACUUGUUAUACCUCAUUUUCUCAAAAGAAAAUCUCAAUUUACUGCAGAAGAAAGCAAACAUAACAAGAAAAUAGCAUGUUUACGAAUUCAUGUAGAAAGGUGCAUGGAAAGAUUAAAAAACUGGCAUAUAUUUGAUCGCUCAAUGCCCGUUUCUCUUGCGAAUAUAGCCUCAGACAUAUGGAUUGUAGUAGUUUGUAUAUCAAAUUUCUGGCCGCCUUUAAUAACAUAA